AUGCAACAGUCGUCGACAUCCCAUACUACUACCACCAAUACCACUGCAGGUGCCGCCGCCAAAAGAGGCAGCAGUAUCCGUCGUGCGAGUGGUAGCAGUCCUCACAUCAAGCUCGAAGGCAAGCUCAAGACGCUUCUGAAGAAGCAUUUUGGGUCCACGAAACACAAAGAGGUCAAACAAGCCAUUGAUGAACUAACUCCCCACAAUCCCACGGCGGAACCCACCAAGUCGCCACUCCUGGUGGGAGAUUUUAUCUGUCAUACCAUCCCCGAGUUUCCGGGACGUAUCAAGACGCAGAACAAGGAGAUAAUCCAGUACACUCUGGGCCGAUUGUCCUUUGGCGUGUUUCAGCCUCACAGUCUGGUAUGCACUAUACGAUCUGUAAGGCAAUCGAUUCGAGUCAGAAUUGCAACCAAAACGGGAAAGUUCAAAAUGUACGAGUACCCCGUCAUGAUGGAUUUGACCGUUCAUACUCCUAAUGGUGAGGAUCUCCCGGCCGUUGUCAGUCAUGAUGCCAUAUGCUACGAAUGCCCGAAGCAGCCGCAUCGAAUGAAGGUGACAUUCAAAGGAUCCACUUUGAUGCCCAGUCGAGAGGUAUUGAUGAACGAAGAAUUGAUGAAUGUUUGGAUGGAGACCUUUGAAGGAGCCUACGAAAAAGCUGCACUGGAAAGAAACAUUUUGAGCCGAACGCUACGAUCUAUGAUGGCGUGGUGGUUUCAAAUGACGCUGCCUUCGGAUGAAGAGAUGCAAAACACACAAGACCAUUCAGUCCACUUUGAAAUGAAGCGGGCUCCCAAGGGGCACCUGGAUAUCCUCUACCUGAGUGACACAACUCGAAUCACGAAGGGGAAUCGGGGGACUCUGGUUGUGGUGGAACCAGUCGAUUGCACAAUUGAAGAAGGAGAAGCAACCACUGGCAGAGAUGAACUGGUGCCUGCGUUGGUUGGAGAAGAACCGUUAGCCGUCCUCACAGAGGUGGAGGCGUAA